ACUUGAAAAUUUUGAAGGCCUCAAAUCACCGACGGGCCAACCCUAUCAGAUGGUAUUUUCGGGGACAAGCAAAAUUCAGAGAUAAUGCUUCUGGUGAGCCAAGCAGCAAGCGGGGGUCUAUCAGGGAGGGCGUGUUGUUCGUUUUCCCCCCCUCCCAAAUUCUCAAAGCCAAAACCAACCCUCUUCUCUAACCGCAAGAGCUCUAGAAGAACCCUUCAUAUCACACUGGCAAAGGCAGAUGGCGGCCUCGAUUCCACUCCUGCAGCCAAACAGAUUCCUUCCGAUUCUAACCCUUCACUUCCCCUCAAUAAUGACCCAACUGUUUUCGUGGGUCAGGAAAGCCUUCCUCUGGAAGGCGUCAUUCAAUUCGAGAAACCCAAUGCUACUGCGUCGCGUCUGGAGAAGUGGGGUCGAGUGGCCCUGCUAGCCGGCGGGGAUGUGUUGGCGUUAAUUUUGUUCUCUGCAAUUGGAAGAUUCAGCCAUGGGUUCUCUGUCAUUGACUUCGAAACUCUGCGUACAGCUGACCCUUUUAUUGCAGGAUGGACUCUGAGUGCUUACUUUCUCGGAGGUUAUGGCGAUGAUGGUCGUGGCAUGAAUGGUCUGUCUAAGGCUGUACUUGCUGCUGCCAAAUCAUGGGCUUUGGGCAUUCCUUUAGGAUUAAUUAUAAGGGCAGCAACAUCAGGCCAUAUUCCUUCAUCUAAUUUUAUCUUAGUGACCAUGGGAAGCACUGGUUUCUUACUUAUUGGAUGGAGAGCACUAUUGUUCAGCAUUUUCCCUAAUGAUAAGAGCAAGAAAAAUGAUGAAUAUCGGCGUGGCAGCCCAUUUGAGCUUUUUGAGUUGCUCACAUCAUUAGUACGGAGAUGGUGAAGAUGAUAAUCAUUUCCUGCGUGCUUGUACCUUUAUGUCAAUUCUUUAUCCAGCCAUCAAUGUUCCAAGUUUUUAUAUUUGGUUACUCCUUGUAUGUAUCAGCUAUUAGCCUGUUAUCAUAACUGUUGAGUGAAAUCUUGGUAAUUUUUUUUCACAUAUUAAUUUUGAUCUCUUGAAUCUCAAUACAGAGUACUGGCUUUGAACUCUUA